AUGUAUCGAAAUGAAACGUCUCUAUCAUCUCACACGGAUAAUUCCCUACUUGAUCACCACUUUUCUGAGUCCGAUACAUCCUUAGCUAUCACAUCCAUAAACAAUACCUAUCAAAACAAAUGCCAAGAUUCCCCGUCUACGACAUACAAUGACUCCUAUAUGUUAAUGCAAAAUAAAAAUGUGCCAUCCUUAAUAAACAGGAGGUCUGGUGAUACCAAAGAUAAGAAAAAGUCACUUCUUGUAGGAGUAUCCUUUAAUGAAAGCCCAAGCAAUAGAAAACCUGGGGAUUGUUCUAACCAUAGUGAUAAAAUUAAUGUGGAAAGUCCCAUUUUAGACGACUUGUUUAACACUCCAACUUUAGGCUCCAACUUUGACUAUCCUAAUAGUCCAGUGACACCAGUGACCCCAUAUCUCGAUCAAGUACCGUUUUCAAAAUCCCCCCACAUAUAUGGUGAUACCAAAGAAAUAACGAAAUAUCCACUUAACGAUGACAAAUUAGAGUCAUUUGUUUUGAUACCCGAGGUAUUCGAUAUAAAGCUUGUCGAAAGGUUAGGUAAGGGUGGCAAUGCUUAUGUUUAUGCAUGCGAACUAUCAACAACUGGCUCAAUCGAUAAUGUAUUUAGUACUGCCAUCAAGAUACCAAUAAAUAAGAGUAAAGUCAAGUAUAUACUCCAAGAAGCUAAGAUGGCUAUUAAAUUAAGAGAGUUCCAGAACACUUGGUUCCAAACUGAAUGUAGGUUCUUCCCCUUUAUUGAUUGUUAUGGGUUGUACUAUAUUGAUAGACAAAAAUUUGACAUGAUCAAGCCGAGAGAAGCUUUUCCAUGUUUGGUUAUGAAAAGAAUGACGUAUAGCUUGACUGAGUUUGUAAGCACGCAAUCCAAGGAGGCAGAGGCAGACAAAACGAAAAUACAUCUAACCUUAUGGUGGAAAUUAUGUCAGACAUUGCUAGACGCUCUUAAAGUUUUGAAAACACUAGGACUAGUCCAUUGUGAUCUUAAGACCGAUAAUGUCAUGAUCACCGAAUAUAAUUCUACAUUGCCUAUUGAGUCACAAAUAAGUCAGGUGCUAUUUAAAGUGAUAGAUUUUUCGUCGACAAACGAGAUUCAAGGAAUGGUGAAGUGUCCCGACAUGACACUUCAAUUUACAGCGCCAGAGUUGCUGGAUUUCAGUAAACAUCCGUUACCUACGCCCAACAGUGAUUCCUUUAGCGCAGGGUUAAUUCUACUAGAGGCGGCCACAGGAUCGAAACCUUAUUCAGCUGCAGGAUAUGACCACUUCUACCUUCUAUCUGUUAUUAAGGAAGGUAAAGUAAUGGAGUGGUUGUCUCCAGAAGAUAUGUGCAUUUUAAAUGCCAACCCGGACGUUAAGCGUGUACUCGAAAUGUUUCUUAUCGAUCGUCUUCCUGUGGAAAGCAUCAGCUCUUUUAUUCAGACAUUAUAG